UUCUAUCGACAGCAGAAGUCUUCUUCUCAAGUGCUCUGCCCCAAAGCGUCACCGAAACCGACUGUUCCUUUUGAUAAAACUUGACGAGACGAUGUAAGAAGGUUUGUACUGGAUUUUCUACAACUGCCAAGGAAGAUAAGAGCUACAGCGAUGUUCUUCUGCGUUGCUAUCGGAGUUCUGAUAUCAUCAUCGCUGGCAGUAACUCGAGAACUUAGCCUUUAUGAAGCUGUAUCAGGUGGACAGGCUCGUCUUCCCUGCAACGUCACUGCUCCUUCAGUAGAUGAUUCAGUUUCUCUGGUGCUGUGGUAUCGGAGUGACAUCAACGCUCCUAUUUUCAGCGUCGAUUGCAGGCAUGGUCCUUUGGAGAACUCUCAGCACUUUCCUAGCGAUUACUUGGGAGAUCGCGGGACAUUUGAUCUGAGUACUCAACCUGCCCUGUUCAUUAUUGACCCAGUUUUACCAGAGGACGAGGAAGAAUACCGGUGCCGAAUAGAUUAUCGUCGAGCACGAACCUUCAAUGUCAGAAUGAGACUACAGAUAAUCACGCCUCCUACUAGAAUUGUCAUCACUGACCAAAAUAGCCAGCGGUUAAGGAAUGUCAUAGGGCCGUACAAUGAAGGUUCGAGGGUUGUUUUGCGAUGUAUAGCGGAAGGAGGAAAACCUCCUCCAGCAGUCACCUGGUGGCGGAAUUCCAUGUUAAUAGACAACCGUUACACCGAAAUAGGUAACAACAAAGUUGAAAACCAACUUUUUCUGGAUAUUUCUCGUCAAGAUUUCAAAAUGUCACUGAUGUGCCAAGCUUCGAACACAAAUCUCACUUCUCCAAACAACGUUACAGUAAACGUCGACAUGAAUUUAAAGCCGCUGGACGUACACAUAAUACAUACCGAGCAGCACUUUUCUGCUGGUCAACAUGCCAGCGUCCAGUGUCGAACUGCAGGGUCGCGACCAGCUGCACACGUUUCCUGGUUCAAAGAUGGCCAGCUGAUGAACGGGAGCAAGGACGUUGCUGACCUGAAGGGACUCUGGACAAUAAGUACUCUUGAGUUUACUCCAUGUAGUAGUGACAACGGGAAAUAUUUAUCUUGUCAUGCGAUCAACCCAGCUUUUCCCAACUUCACCCGGAAAGAUAGUUGGAAUAUAGACGUUUAUUUCAAGCCGGAAGCGUUCAUUUCUCUGAAACUCAGUCAUCCAUCUGGGAAACUGCAUGAGGGGGAUGACGUUUUCCUGGAGUGUCGAUCCCAUUCUAAUCCUGGCAUCACUGAGAUUCUGUGGUACUUUAACAGAGAUCUUCUAUUGAACAGGACAGCAGCUGGGAUAUUAAUAAAAAACCAAACUCUAGAGAUCAAGAAUGUAAAAAGGAGACACUCUGGAAACUAUGUUUGUAGUGCGGAAAAUGUCGAGGGCCGAGGCAACAGUGAUGAGUUUAAGUUGAAAAUCAAAUAUCCUUCUACAGCUCGGUUAUCUUUUCAUCCAUACGAAAAACAAGUCGAUGGUUCACAUUCAGACGAAAUUUCAGAGUUUCAAAAUCGCUUUAAUACGAAAGACUUGGCCAACAAGUCAGGUGAUUGCUUGACUACGGAGGAUAAUCCUACUUUCCAAUAUCCUGAUCCUUAUUACCCUCGUUUAAAAACUCCGCCUGCGGCCGUUAGGUGGCGAGUUACUGCUGUUAGUCACCCUCCAGAACAAGAGGAUAUAAUCAGAACUAAAGAUCUGACAUGGGAAAUAAAAGAUGAAGAAUUCCGAAUGAAUAAUGAAAACACCAAACCAUUUAUUUCCACUUCUAGUUAUCCUCAGGUUUGUCAUCAAGAUGAAUACAAAAUGUCAACACCAGUUUGAUGGGCAACCUUCAAACUCUUUAUCCAAUCCUCUUGUUCCAGAAGAUAAGACGAAAAUCUGACGAUAUGUUUAUAAUGAUGGAUUCCUCACCAGUUUCUUUAUGUCUUUGAUGACUGUAAUUUGCCAUGUCAGAGAUACACGAUAUAUUUCAGAGACCCAGUUUCCCAUGCAGGCGUUUUUAUUAGUAAACACUUUUUGAAAAUAUAUGUACACUUAUAUUCCGCCUUUCAGUUCUGUGCAUAGUUAACUGUUGUUUUGAAAGCUUAUCAAAUGUUUAAGAUGUGCCACGAUCCAAACAGAAUUUAACAAAGUUAUUUGUGAAAUUGUGUAGUAACGUAAAACGUGGAAUAUAGAUCGUUGCGGAACAUAAGAUUCUCUUUCACUGUUUCAUAUUCCAAUGGAAUGCAGUAAAAUAACCUUAACAAUUUGAUAUAUUAAGUUAUAGUCAAAGACAGUUUUCCAAUUCUCGGAAAGCUACAAGUAAACUAAAUUAUUUAUUGAUAUCACCAUCACUUAAAUAAUUUACUCAUUGACCUACAGAUGCUAUAGCUGUGGAAAAUAUUCAUGAAAGACUGCAACCCUGCCAGGAAGACUUGGUGAAAGACAAAAAGUUUAAUUUUUUUAUACUUAUUCAUCGUACUAAAAGAAAUGUUAAGUGUACAUGUAAUGCUGAACUGUGUAUUUCGUAAAACGAAUAAUUGAUUGUUUUUAGUUAAUGUUAAGCUGAUUUUAUGUUUCUUACGUUCCAU